AUGCUGUCGCUCCCUCUUAUCGUCCCGCACGACGACCAUUCGAUAUGGCACUACUCCUCGCCGCACUUACGGCCCAAUCCUCCCUCGCCGACCAAUGCCUCCGCUCCGAACCAGCCGCCUGACGGCAGCAUGAAUGGCGCCGCGCAUCACCACAUGCACCGCCGAAGCAACCAGGGACCGCGCUCCUCUGCGCUGGCUGCGCUGUUGCACGACGAGAACAUGAUCGAGCAGCGCAAGCUGAACGUGCGCCGCUUCGGCGCCGGCUGGAUACGCCCACCGGGCAUCGCCAAGACGUAUCAGGCGGCCAUGGACGAGGCGGCGGAACGCGAGGAGCAGGAGCUGUUGGCGAGGCGGGAAGCGGCCAUGAUGGAGCUCGCGAACGCCCAGGAGCAGGAGGAAGAAGAGGCACGACGGAGGGAAAUGAUAGAAAGAGGGUUGGCCGAGGAGAGAGGAGAGGCUGCUGAGGGCGAAGACGAGGAGGGCGAGGCCGACCUGGAUGCUGAAGUGCCUGACUUGGACGCUGAUAUACCAGAGGGCAGUUUGGGCGACGGCAGUGAGGAGGAAGAAGACGAAGACGAAGAAGAUGAGGAUGAAGACGACGACGAAGAGGUCGACGAGGACGACGAAGACGAAGAGGAGGCAGUAACCGAGGAGGAAGUAACCGGCGACGUAACACACGACGUGACUUUCAACGAGGAGAGCAUGUACGGAGACGCCAGUCUACUUGGCGAAGAACACAACGAGGACGUGGAGAAUGCGCAGCAAUGGGUCGCACGGGAAGAGGCCGAAAUGGCUGGAGAUCUCCAGGACGAGCGUGACCUGGAUGAUGAUAUCCCGGAGGCUGGCGAAUAUGAGCACACCGACACGGAGAUCGAAGACAUUACAGAGGAAGACUUGCACAACAGCAGCUUCAACGCAAGCAGUCGUAGCACCCGAUUAAGGUCAAGGUCAAGCAGACGUGGGGUUGCAGCCAUGAGCCGCUUCGAGAAUACCGGUCCAUUUGGAAGUGGUGCAGGAGGAGCACGGCAAGCUACCGGCGUGCCCGCCUUCAAUAUAAACCGCCGGUCACUGAGGGGCAGCUUCCACAGCGAUGGUCCAAGCUCCCUUUUAGGAGACGAGUCGUCAUUCCUCGAGAGCAGUCCUAAUGCAGGGAGGGGUCUCGGACGGGGCGCUCCCUCCUGGAUGCAGCCACCACCUCGACCGAACUGGCGAAGGGGUCCUCGAUAG